UCAAACUACUUGUCUCUGCUGAGUUGUAGCCUACGUGUUUUAUGGGCUGAUAUGAAGUACAGCGGCACAGAUUUUGGCUGCCUUUCUCUUUAAUUCCACUGGAUACUUUACUGCGGAGCCCCCACACAAUGUUUGAGGGCGGGCCGCCCAGCAGGGGCGCAGUGAAUUGUCAAAAAUCUGUGGUGCUGACGCGCUGAUGAUCCAAAACAGUAAAUUGACUUGAAGAUUAGUCUUGCGAGGAAUUUUGUGCUGUGUAUCAGCGUUACGACUGAGAGGUGUCGUUCUGCGUCGGACGUUUUUCGGAAUAAAGCUGCACGAGUAUGCAGAGAUUUUCACUGCAACUUCAUGCGGCGGAUGGGCGCAAGGGCGCGGGCAGCGCAUAGUUAUCCAGUGCGCAAGUGUCAUUCUGCGUGAAUAAUCCGAAACAACUGCAGGGAUGCCUCUGAUCAGCCUGGAUGACGAUGAUCAGAGAUGGGUCCCAACGCAUGUCAAUGUAACCGUCGUUCGAGCGAGGGGUCUGCGGACGAAGGGAAAGCAAGGCAGCCGCUAUGUUUACACUAUCAUCCAGGUCGGCAAGGAGAAGUACACCACCGGCCUGGUGGAGAAGGCGGAGGAGCCGCAGUGGAAUGAGGAGUGCUCGUUUGAGCUGCUGCCCGGCCUGCUAGAAGCGGGAGGGAUGAGCGCCUACCCGCCCGGGAGCAGUAACCUGGUGCUCACCGUGAUGCAUCGAGUGCUCAUCGGGCUGGACGUGUUUCUCGGUCAAACUAUUGUUCCCCUGGACAAAGUUUUUCAGGAUGGAAUGUGUCCUAGAAACGAGUGGCUCAGGUUGCACUCUAAGGCUGGUCGAAAAGAGAAGGAGCGAGGGGAGCUGCAGGUGACUGUCCAAUUUACCCGCAACAACAUGACCGCCAGUAUGUACGAUCUGACUGUAAAUGACAAGCCUCGUUCGGCCUUUGGAAAGCUGAAGGACCGUGUCACAGGGAGGAAGAGAGGGGACAUGGAAUCCUCCUCCGCCAUUUUGCCUGGCCGCUUCGCCGCCCUGUCAGGGUCUGUAGGUCCGCCCUUCGUGGGAGAUGGAGGACUGAAUGAACCGGGUGUGGAGGAAGGGGUUGAUGAACAGAGGAGUAAGGUGAAAGAUUUCUUUCUAAAAGGAAGACUGCGGAAGAAUUCAGACACACGAUCUUGUUCGUCAUUGGCUUCAGAGAGUAGCAUGGCAUCAUCUUCCGGCGAUCCGUUCAUACCGAUAGAGCUGUCCAGAACUCCGAUCUACAGCAGCAGACCGAUGGAGCCAUUCCGCAUGGACAGUGAAGGAGGUAUAAAAGUCUUCACGGAUCCUAAAGUGAUGACCCACAAGCGUGCACAUAGCGAUGAGGCUAGUAAGAUCACAAGUGUUUCUCGGCCCAGCACUACUGUGGAAACUCUAAAAGGCCAGAGCACAGCCUUCUCCAAAUCCACCCUCUGCAUCAACGGUAGCCAUAUCUACUCAUCCGAACCUGUCAGCCCCAAAAGUCCAGGCAACCUCCCAGCCAAGCGCUCCCUGCUGGAGAAAUGCGCACCCCUAUCUCGCUCUCUCCAGAACCUCACCAGACGUGGUGAGGACUCACAGAAGAGCGAUGGGAGAUGCUGGUCCAUUGAAAAGAGCAAGAAAGAGGACGGGGAUGCAGACAGGGCUAUAAGCCAGACCCAGGGAGCUGCCAUGUCAGAGGGAAAGCCAGUGCAGGCCACGGGACCUCAGGCAGCAUCUCCUGGGGUUAUGGAAGUGGUGGAUAAAGGAAAAAAGUUUAGGAAAACUCUGUUUUCUAGUGGAAGGAGCGACUCUCUCCCAGCCAAGCCAGAGCAGAACCAGGUUUCUGCUGCUCUUGAGGGCAGACGCAGGGGAUGGUUUGUCUCCGGUGACUCCCAGAACAAGCCAAGGCUGGGAGUCUCUCCUAAGCUAGAGAGCAGCUCAGGCACCCCCUCUCCCCACUUCCCUUGCUUACCCAGUCAGCCCCCAAGCUCUCUCCCCCUUGAUUGCACUACCACCUCUGUGUCUCCCUCUAGUGGCAAUCAAACCAACCCAUUCACCCAUCCAUCCCCAACACCCCCUUCCAUCUCUCCCUCCAACCCUUUCUUCACAAGGCUACAACAAAACCCGUUUUUUGAGGAUCUUAUAGCUGAGGAAACACUGAAGUCUCCAACUGCUGGUUAUAAUUACCCAGCUAUCUCUGUAGGACCUGGCCUCCCCAGCCACCUCCAUAAUGGACUGCAGAACAGAAUGUCCGCAAUAAAGCGAGAGAGACCCAGGAGUAUGGCCAGGCAGAGGUCACUUCCCUCCAUUAUGCCUGAGACACCAGGCACCAACAAUUCAAACACUCAUCCAAGCCACUCUUUGUGUGAAAGGGCUGGGGAAUGGGAUGAUUUUGAGGCAUUUGCCAGCAGCCGGCUAAAAUCGCCAAUGGGAACUCCAACUAGACCGCCGUCAGCACCGUUUCUCUCACAGGUAACAAACACCAACCAGAUGGUGAAUGAAGAUUAUAAACCAAGCAAUAGUUUGCGAGUUGAUGAAGUUGAUAUGGCUUUUCCUAAGCCAUGGGAUCUCCCACCUCUACCACCACGUAGAUCCACGAGGACCCGAGUCCCAGCAAGGGAGAGGUGUUCUGACAGCUGGUUGGAUCGAGCCCAAGAGCUGGCUGUGCAGAAAGAGGCCUGCUUCCUCUCUCAGACAGACUUUGCCUCCCUGCAGCAUGUGAGAGAGGAUGACAUGAAGAGGAACUCGCUAAUUUUAUGUUCAGAUAAAGAGCCUUUUAAAGACUUGCACAGAAUGACUUCAGUAGGGUACAACAAGAUGUGUCCUUCACUGGAAACAGAGUUGCACUGUGGAUUGGAUGAAAAAAAAACAGAAAGAGGUUGUCCUAAUUUGACCGGACCCACUUUUGAAACAAACAACAUUUCUAACAGUUCUAUGAAUGGUUUUGGUGAGGAGACACUUGGAAGUUCCCUCCAAUCUGAAUUUGAAUACACAGUACCUGAAACACUGUGCUUCUCGUCUGACUGGGAAACCACAGUGACCGAAUCGCUGUGCAGUUCCCCUCAAACCCAACCAAAGCAUGAUCUGAACUCUUCCUGUGAAAUAGAUCCAAAGCAAAAGGCCUCCACUAAGCGACAACACAAGACUAACACUAGCAAUGGCAUUGGCUUGUUUACCCUCUCCCCAAGAGAUUCAAACAACAAUACAGAUUCUUUAGAAUUUGCUUUCAUUGAUUCUGGAAGUUCGCCAUCGGAGAUGCAACCACCUUUUGAGAUUAUAAAAGACAGUGUUAAAGCAUUAAAAGUGCAUCAAAGCAAUUUUUCAGAUGUGGACUCUGGGAAUGGUAUGACUCUAUCCAAGUUCUCACCAGAAUUACCGGAGGAUUUAAUCUGCAGAAUGGCAUCAGAGUUGGAAAUGUUCUCACCAAAGAAGAGUUGUGUCAGUUACACCCUUAAAGAUAUCACAUAUAAUGAUUCUGACUCAUCAAACCAAAGCCAUUUGGAUUGCUCGUUACUUUUUGAGACAUCAUAUGAAGGACAGGGUGAACAGGAAGUCAACCCAUGUGAAGACACAGAGCAUUGCAACACCACUUUGAAGUCACACUGUGAGUCGCUUAACAAAGAGAUCUCUGUGAUCACACAAACACUUAGCCAUGGAGACACUGUGACAAAUCAAAUCAAACCUGAGGCUGCAAAGGGAAAUGUUGUCUUACAAGCUACACAUGAUGGUGGGGACAUCAUGUCCUGUAAACAGACUUUAAAAGAGUGUAAAGUUCAUUCAGCAGAAUCUGAGGACGUUAACCUGAUCUCAGAAGUCUUAUUUUCAAAGACAAGUGAGAUCGAGGAGUCUUCUUUAACUCAGGAUGAACAAAUCAGCUUUAAGGGUUUGCAUGCUAGAGUUGCUCCAAGAAGUUCCAGAACCCCCUGUAAAACUGACGUGACAUCAGCUCGCAUCAGACCACGCUCGACCAAAAGCUCACCCAAAACGGUCUUGAGCACAGAGUCGCUCCCAAGCUCUCCUAAUCCUCAAUCGUCUUCAACAUCAUACCUCAUUUUGCGUGAUCUUUCCCCUUCACCCACUUCAUUAGCUGGCAAGAAUGCCUGCCUCCACCCUGACACUUCCCUUCCUGUAAUCUUCCUAAAAGAGUCGCCCAGCAUGGGUUCCACUUCCUCCACAGCCCAGCCCCAGGUUGAUGCAUCGCUCCCCCUCUCACCUGAGGAGAUACAGCCAUCCAACAUCCUCCUGCCCCUUGAGGAGAGCAGCCCUCACCCAGUGAAGCCUUUGACCAACACGACUAUGCAGGCAGAAAAGAAACUAGAAAGCCGCUCUGUGCUGGAGAAACUCAAGUCUACCAUCAACCCAGGACGAUCUGUGCCUCCGACGACUACAGAGGAUGAGAAAACACAGCUUGCUCAGAUGGAGGCCCGGGCUCAGUACCAAAACAUGACCAACCUGGAGUUGAUAGCUCUGCUGCUGCAGCAGGAAACGGAUGUUAAGAAGCAGCGAGCUGAAACUGAGGUGCAGGAGGCAUUGCUGGAGAAACGGGAGGCUGAACUGAAGAAGAUGAAAAUUCAGGUCCGAGACCUGGAGGACUACAUUGACAAGCUGCUGGUCCGCAUCAUGGAACAGACACCCACCCUGCUGCAGGUCCGAGCCAGACCCAAAUGACCAGGGUGACCCGUUCCAUCAGAAAAUCCCUAAUACUGACCUAAAGCCAUUUGUGAUGCUUCAUUAAAUUCCAAAACUGCCAGAUUCCUGUAGACACGAUAAAGCUUUGCAUGCAUCUUACUGGAAUUCAAAGUCCACAAUUAUUUGUUAAUUAUAGCAACUGCUAGUCACGCUGAGAACACAAGGUUGUGGAAAGUUAAAGGGAAGAAAGCAAUAUUGGAUUUCAUGUGGAUGUAAAUAUUCAUGGAAUCUACACAAGUAUGUUUUCCUGUUCAUAAAUAUAACAUUUUGUAAUGGGAACAAUUAAGAACUUUCUGCUAUCUUUACCUAAACAGAGAAGUGUACCAAAAUGUUGGCCAAAAUGUCUCUGACAUUUCAGAAAUCCAUAUAUGCAAACCAAAGCACUGCCUAUAAAAACUGACAUCUAAAGAUGCCACUUUAACCCUUGAAACUUCUGUCCUCAGAAUUGGAAGUAAAGUAUUUGGACAACAAAACCUUCAAAUAAAUUCCCAGAAACUUCUGACCUUAUCUGUCAAUCUGAUACAUUUCUCUUACAGAAAACAUAUCCAUAUAUUUAGAGAAUAUUGUUUCAAAUGUACUGCAUUAAGUAGCAUAACUGGUGUUUGAUUUCAUCUCAAUGCUUAACACUGUUGAAAACCUGAAGAUUUCAGAGAUUUAAAAACAUAAGUAAUAUUUAAUAAUACAUACAGUAAUAUGUAACACACCUUGUGUCAAAGUUGAUGUAAAAUAUUGCUUUCGAUCAAAUUCUUCUGUAAUUGUAAAUAGAUAUCUUAAUUCUUAAUAGCUUUCAAAAGCACAUUAAUGCGCAUUUAUGCAAAAACCUUGUGCUUGAGCUAGUCAGAAUCGCUGAUAUCAGUGCAUGCUCCCUUCCAUCAAGCACUCGCACAAAAACAGAGAUUGUCUCUGAGAAAAUGUUAGCUAUGCAAUAACACAACAUGCUAGCUGUAGCUUAAUUUAAUAUAUGCUACACAACUAUAUUGCACUGCUGCACACUUAGAUCAUUGCUGAAGUAGCAAAUUUAGUGAUAUGCAAAUGCAUAAGCUUUCUUAAUAUCAAAAGCUGUUUAUUUGUUUUUUUUUAUAAAUAAAGAUCUAUUGUUUGUGUUUUGCUGAGAUGUAACUACCUUGUGUUAGUGUGGCUUUACGGUUUUCUCAGUUUUAUUCAUUCUGACAGUGUUUUUUACCAUUGAUUCUUUUUGUUUUUAAGUGGUUCUAAAGUGUGAUUGUGAUUCAUUAUUUCCUUCAUUUAGUCUGUGAGGUUCUGUCGUACAGAACAACAGCUUUGUGUGUCAAGGUUGGAAAGUACAGGGUUGCUGUUACAAUUGUUGACUAACUGCAUCAAUAGAUCUGUGUCUAAAAUAUUUCAUGCAGAAAUUGACUCUGAAUCAAAGUUCCAAAUGUGCUUGUUCUAGUUCCAUAAUUCUGAGUGUUCCACUGUGUUCCUGUAGAGAACCACGUAGCACUGUGAUUCUAGAUCGUGUUGUUUUUUUAUGCGUUUUAAUCACCAUUUUGUAACAUGCCUCUGUGGAUUUAUUUACAAGAUACAUUCACGUUUGUAUUUUCUUAUUCUGUUUUAUUUAUUGCUAAUUAUUUCAA